GUAAUUGCCUGAAAACCGGGCCAGCAUCCAUUUGAAAAGUGGCUUCGUGAAGAGUGACUGACUCAGGGGUUGGCUGCCCUCUUUACCAGUCAGCCAACUCUGCACGUGAGCAGCUCACCGGCAGAUGCAGGCAAAUACUAUUUGUAGCUGUCCUUUAUCGGCCUCUGUAGGGUCUUCUUCUUCGGACCAAGGCCAGCGGAAACAACAGGCCUCAUGUGGCGGAGAGGAAGCCUGGGAAACAGGAAGAUUGGGUUUGGACAGAUGCACCAAGCACUGAGAGCCAGAUAGAUUAUACAUGGGAAGUAACGACCGUAGGUUAUUUUCAAAUGGAAAGGGAAAGCAGCUAUUUAUAGACAAGCGCAGAACAUGUGAUGAACAUGGAAAUGAUUGUUGGACAGGGAGAAGGAAAAAGUUUGAGUGUGGAUCAUAGAAGUAACAAAAAAAAAAAAAAAAUGCAGGUUGAACAAAAAUGUGAAAGAACUUAGUUGAAUUCCUCUGCUGACUGUUUUGAAGACGUGUUUAUCCUCACAAGGCUGCAUGUCAUGAUACGUUUCCUGACUACUUUGCAGCUGAUGUGUGUGUGUGUGUGUGUGUGUGUGUGUUUGGGUGAGAGAGAGAACCCGGUGAGGCUUUAGGACCUUGAGGUUUGUGCUGCAAAGAGCAGCUCCUCCUCCCGCAGAAAGGCUGUUUACCAAGAAAGCUCGGUUCCUCUGACAAAAACAAGGGCUGGGACUCCAGCGAGAGGAGCAGUGUGUCUGAUGCAGAUCUAGCACAGGCUCGUCGUCCAUUUUAAACAAUUUGUUUAUGUGUUUGAUAUCUUUUUUUUUGUAUUUUUUAGAGUAAAGCAAAGUAGCGCACCAUGUUGUCGGUUACUUCAGCCCGUCAGCUCUUCAAGAUGUUUUUCUCUUUGCUCGUGUUCCUGAGCGUGGCCAUGCUGGAGAGCAGUGCAGCAAAUGAAAACGACUGCAUGAGAUCGAAUGGUGUGGAGUACAGAGGGGAACUACAGAGCUCCUCCUCGGGUCUGGCCUGUCUCAACUGGACCAACACCAGUAGAGACUACGAUGAUAAACUCCAUCCUGAUUCACAGACAGGUGUGGGAGAUCACCAUUACUGCCGAAACCCAGACUCCUCUGAGAGGCCUUGGUGCUACAUUGCCGGUCCAGAUGGGGCAGUCCAGAGACAAUUCUGUGCAGUUGACACAUGCAAAGAACAACAAGCCACUAUUGUACCAGCAGCAGAGGCAGAAUCCCUCAAGCCAACAGGAACCAUUCCGUCCACUGAGAGCUUUCAACCGGCCAAGACAGGGGCCUCUCAGGGAGAAGUAGCUGCUGUGCAGCCAGUGAUGGGAAUCAGCCAGCGAGUGCGCACAGGACCCAAAAAGAAAAAGGACCUCGGCACGCUCGGCUAUGUCCUCGGCAUCCUCAUGAUGGCCGUCAUAAUCCUCCUCGGAGUAGGCAUCACAUUUGGCUACUUCUAUAAGAGGGGUCUGGCCUUAAAGAAGCAGCAUGAGCAGCGAGUGUACGAGCGCGAGAUGCAGAGGAUCACCCUGCCCCUGUCGGCUUUCUCCAACCCCGCCUGUGAGCUGGUGGACGAGAACACCAUCGUGAUCACAGCAGAGCACGAGACGACCCACGUCCAGGACGGCGUGGAGGGCGGGGACCCUCUCAUGGGCCCGCAGGCCGGUACCCCGGGGGCAUGAGCAUGCGCGUGGUCCUCAGAUGCAGGACUGUGAUACAUUUAUGUGAACCGAAACACUUCUUUACGUCUUCGUUCCUCCCUUCUGCCUCCCUGAGUAACCUCUGUUCUAAAAGGAGUAGGGGAGCAGUGUUCGCUCUUUUGUACCCCCUUUCCAUUGGUUUUUAUACAUCGGAGGCACAAACAAAACAAGCUGUGGACAGAGUCUUAACAACUCGACACCAUUUUGGUGGAUCUGUUGUCAAUGAAGAUAUGACAUGAAGUCUUUAAUAUUCACUUUUGCUACAUUUGACAGCCAAGAAAAUAAGGUCAUGUGCUGUCCCCUUAAAUAACAGUGUGAAUAUCUCGUCUGAUGGACUUGCCAGUGUUUAUAUUGGUGUGUAAUAAACCAAUUCCUUAUAAAGAGAUGGUUUUUGGAAUGGGGGUUCAUAGCCUUUUUUUUUUUUGUACGUUUCAUGGAGGUUUCGUUUCUAUUGACCUGUUGGCUGUGCCCAGGGAGACGCAGAUAAGAAACCUGUAUGUGAAAACACUGCUUUGUCUAGGAGACAAGCUGGUGACACAGAUGAGGGGAAAAAGAGGUAAAACCGGCCCACUGAAGACAAGGGAAGGCCCCCAACUCUGCCUUAGCAUGAUACGUCUGAAUCUAUUUGUUGUUGUUUAUGGAUUUUUGUUUCUCUCUUUGUACUCGACUGACAGACCUAUGUGUUUGCAAAGCAUGACGGGCGGUCAGGUCAUCAGCAGACAUGAUGGAGGACUUGCCCUUUUCUUCCACAGGUUAAGGAGUGACAGGAAAUAUACAGAGUGCUCUCAGGAAGCAUGAGAGGCCGUAGAUUAUCCUCAGGAUGACACAGACCAGAGAAGUAAAGGUUUGUCUUUGCAGAGCAGGACAGCGAGUGUGUUGAAGGGAUGAGGAAGCCUGGGGGAUUAGAUUCAGACGUUUGAGUUGUGCACUUGACGCUUCAGGAGAGAGAGAUCGAUGGAGUGGAACAGAAAUAGUCCAAAGUCUGCAUGCACAUGGUUACCUGCUGUAUGUUUGUAUUCAGGGGCCAUAUUUUUGCAUCUUUAAAAAGUAGAACUACUGAUCGAAGAAGACAUUUUAGUAAAAUACCUGCCUGGAAAUAAAAAUAAUUGUACAUAGAAGAUUCUGUUACACAUGACGCACUGUUACUUCCCAGUGUAUUGCCAGUUUGUUUAUCACUCUGUCACUUCACAUGAUCUUGUUUUGUGAUUAUUGCUGGAUCGGCAUCACUGGUAAUCUUUUUAACCGUCUGUGUGCUGACUGUAAUUAUUUUUUUCUUCAUAUAAGCGACAUGUUCAAAAUACUGUUUUGCAUUUAGCAUUUGAAUUUAGUACUUGUGUAUUUGUAUGAAUGCAGAUUUUCACUGCUGGGACUGAAAUAAAACAAACUCUGACACUA